UCCUCCUGCGAGCAUUUGUGAGGCAGCUCCUGUCCCUUACGUCUCUUUGUGGGGAAACAGAGGGCACACUUUCUAGAGCAUAACUGGAGACAGAGACACAGAGUUCCAGGCAGGACGCCCAGGGUUCCAGCCUACAGCCACCCCUGGCACAGCCCUGAGGGGGACAGCUCCCACAGAGCACCUUGGCCAAGAGGUCCACGAAAGGAGAAGAGAUGCUAAUCAACUGGACCGUCCCAGAAAGUGAGAUGACAUGAAUGAUAUGAAUCCAACUGAUAAAUGCUGGAUCUGAACCCUAAGUGAGAGGCGUAUUGAGUGUGUUUUCUAAAGUAAACGUUUUCUCUUGAAAAGUUAGACUGAAGCAUCGAAGUCUCCAGGUUACAAGGAUAAAAGCUCAUCGAGAGAAAACAAGAGAAAGGACACUUCAGCUUAGAAUUUAUGCAUUUUCAAGUAUUUUUUAUUUUUUUACAUCUUGAAUUGCCCCAUUGGAUUCUCAAUUCACCACCCAGCGUUUAUCUUAUUUUUUCAGCUGUCUGUAAAGCAGCAUGAAAAGACUCCAUUGAAAGCACUUUCUGCGAGCCGGAUAAUAUUCCUGUCUGAAGCCUUGUAACUUUCGCAGACGUCUACAGAAAAAACCUCUAACAAGAAUAAGAAAACAAUGCUGUGCUGGAUCCCAUAUGAGUAAGGGUCUCUGACUGGACUUUUAUGAUUGGAGAAGAUACAGGAACGGAGAGAUGUAUUCCGGCUGUGGAGUUGGAGUGGCCAGCAUUCAAAGACAGUAUCAGGUCAGGGAGUCUGUCAGACCAUACACCGGACCUGGAGAGAAUACACAGGUCCCAAUGGAAACCGGUGUGAUCCCAGCUAGGUGCCCAAUAUAUCAGGUUCAGCCUUACAGUGGGCAGCCCUCCUGCACUGUCAACAGUGUUUCCAACACACAGCCCACCCCAGUGCCUACACCUCUACCUCCACCUCCCGCCGCACUCAAACCGGGCCAGGGUGGGUUCAAGAAGGUGUGUCGCACAGAGGAGGACUGCCCGUGCCCCUUCCCAGGAUUGGCCUCAGGAGUGCUGGAGAUGCGUGUCAAGGAGGGCAGUAAGAUCCGUAACCUCAUGGGUUUUGCCAUGGCUCGCAUGCAGGGGGAUGUCAGUGGUGUUGGGGUUAGUGGAGGCGGUGGCCUGAGGCAGGUUGUUUUCUCUGGGUCAGGUCGUGCCGUCACCAAGACCAUCACAUGCGCUGAGAUCAUGAAGAGAAAAGUGGGGUCUCUGCACCAGCUGACCAAGCUGCGCUACAAGGGUGUAAGGGAGGUUUGGGAGAGCCACGAAGGGGGGGCAUCGGAGAUGACCGUUCACAGGACCGUCCCCUCCAUCAGCAUCCUUUUGUCCAAAGACCCCCUAGACCCCCAGGAGCCCGGCUACCAGCCCCCUGAGACUCUCAGUGCUCUCUGGGAGGACAGAGACAGUGUGGAUGCCCCACAGACAGCCAGCAAGAGACCUCUUGGUCUGUCCCCAUACAGCAGUUUCCCUGAAUCUAAGAGAGUGUGUCUGGGUCUGGACGAGGGGACUCUGGCUCUGUCCACCCCCCUGGCUAACUGAACUGGUAUCAAACAGUCGAGUGGGAAAGAUCAGAGGAGUUCAUUCUGCACUGCCCUCCACUGAAGCACAGUGCUGAAACAAUCAGAACAUGCACUCAGACAGAACCGUGCUUUUUGAGGAGAACUGAGCACCCUGCCCACCCCAUCCUCCAGAGGUCAGUCAAAAUAGGACCUGAACUCUUGUCUCUGUAGAUACAGCAUUUAUUGAACCCAUUUCUCAGCACAAUCAAUCGUUGGCCUUUGUGCCCAGAGAUACUUAAUAUCAUCACACUGUAUGUCACACUGUAAGAGCUUAGACAUGACAGCACACUUAUCACAUUUUAAAACAUCAACACAACACAGAGAGACCAAUCACCCAAGAUCCCAGAUUUCUGCUUUCAGUAGACUGACAAUACAUUUUGAACAUUGUUGUUCUGUUUUACUAAUUAUGUCCUACAUCUGCAAAUCUGUUCAAAUGCACAAGGUAGGUCCACGAUAUUGUAAUGAAUACACAGAAUAUCUACACUCCCCUAUGUAUUUAUUUGGACAGGGAAGCUAAAAAUGUUUAAUUUAGCUCUAUACGCCAGCAUUUCGGAUUUGAGAUCAAAUCCAAAAUGCGACAGUAGAGAAUGUCACCUUUGAUUUGAGGGUAUUUUCAUGCAUAUCUGUUUACCUGUUUAGAAAUGAAAGUACUUUAUGAAUCUAGUCCCCCAUUUGAAGGCACUUAUAGUGUAUAAAAUGUAGACUAUUAUUACACUAUGAGUGAAUUUGUCCAAAUACUUAUGGCACCGUCAAAUGGGGGGACAAUAUACAUUAAGUGCAUUCAUUUCUAAACUAUCCAUAAUAUGGCAAAUGUAUCAUGUUUUCAAAUAUCCAAACAUUCAAAUAAACUAUAUGCAGGAAAAGCCUUUUUGUGUAUUUCUAUCCCUCAGCCUAUAGUACUGUACAAAGUCCUGAUUGAAAAGGAAAUCACAGCAUGCUGAUGU